CCCCUGUACGUGCAUACAUUGAAGCGUCGCUGCUGUUAUUUCGUCACAAUCGUGUUUCGUUUGUUGUUAGGCGUAAUUUUAUUUACCUACAUACAUUUUAGUAGCUACAGUUGAUUUAAACAAACUUUAGUAUUGUUUUACAGUUUCGCGAAUGCGAAGUUCGUUGGCCAUAAAAUCGCUUUGACCAGUACCUAUUUUAUUAGGAUUCGGUAGAUAAGCAGCUAACCGUCGUCGUCACUCGUCUUAGCAGCCACAGUUCCACAGUCUCGGGGUCGAGAAAGCAGACGAGUGAGUAAUCGCAAUGGAAUCGACAACAACAACCAACAUAGAACCACAGUCUCCGAUGGUGGAAACGGCAGCGAUGGCAAAUGGAAAUGGGGCCCACAAGGAGCAGACAGCAACCACCACGACGGCGGCUACUGCGGCCACCAUACAAAGUCCCGAGCAGCAACAGCGACCUCGAAAGUUGUCCUUCGACGACAGCGACAUGGAGAUGACGAAGCUGAAACUUGGGGCAACGGUCAGACGGUUUCCAACUUCGGUCGUUCUUACGGCUAUCGCUGCAUGUACCAUCAGUCUGUUGAUACGAUGCCUGCUGCCGUUCGAUUUUGGGUCAUUCAAGGCAGCGCUCGUUGCGCUCGAGCGGUGGCGCCAGUCGGCCACGGAUCGCAUCGUUCUGGACUACACUCGUGGAUACGCCGCCCUGCAGGCCACCAUGAAGGACACCUACGCAAACGCACGGGGCGUUCAGGAUCCCUCGCUGGUCCUGUUUGCUACGCUGUUUGCCGCGACUGUGACGUGGUUCACGUACUACGUGGUCUACCUGGACAGUAGCAUUCCCGGUGUUAAUCCACCGACGCCAUUCUCCGCCAGCAAGAAGAAAAGAUUCUCCGACAAGGAGCGUCGCUUCCACCUCGGAUACGUCACGGCACUGCUGAGUGGGCUCACCGUGUUUAUGAUCAUCGUGCUGGUUGACUAAAAUCAAAGCUUCCUACAUUAUAGUCUUCGCAGGCUCGAGUUUAUUGGAUACCUCUUGUUGUAGGCAGCCUUACUCGCAACAUUCUAAACCGUAGAUGUAAGAGCAAGCAAAAGUAGAAUUUUUCUCUAGGAGCUGCUUAACUAAACCGUCUAUUUAUUGCGCAGAUAUCGAUUUAAACCACUAAACCAGUUCAAGUAAAGCUUUAGUUGUUAGUAACGGCGCAUUUCGAAACUAUUCAGUAGAGUAUUUUGUUUAGUAUAAAUUGUAAAUAACCGCAAGCAUAAGGGAUUAUAAGACUAACAUUCUAGUAAUGUAUGUACGUUAAUGUUUUACGUUGAAGAAAACCAUCGAUCUUAAGCAGUGUCUUUGUUCAGUUAAGGUAAAAUCCUAUUUUUGGUACAAAUAUAAUAAGAAUACA